CUGUGGGAUUGGGAUCUUGGUGCUUCCACAUGACCCUGAAGUAUGAAAUGCAGCUGUUGGAUGAACUGCCAAUGAUAUACAGUUGUUGUGUGUUUGUCUACUGCCUGUAUGAAUGUUUCAAGUACAAGAACACAGUCAAUUAUCCGCUGCUUUUCUUGUUAAUAACAUACAGCUUCAUAGUCAGCAUAGUUUACUUGAAUUUGAAAGAGCCUGUAUUCCAUCAGAUCAUGUAUGGAACACUAGUUUCCAUUAUAGUUCUACGUUCCGUUUAUAUAGUAUUAUGGGUAUACCCAUGGCUUAGAGGUCUAGGCUAUACAUCAUUGACUGUGUUCUUAAUGGGAUUUUUUCUCUGGAAUGUGGACAACAUUUUCUGUGAUAGAUUGAGAGCACUACGAGAGAAGAUGCCUCCUGUUGUAGGAGCUGUGACGCAGUUUCAUGCAUGGUGGCAUAUUCUUACGGGCCUGGGCUCUUACCUUCAUAUCCUGCUAAGUUUGUACACAAGAACACUUUUCCUGAAACACAGGCCAAAGGUGAAGUUUGUUUUUGGAAUAUGGCCUGUUCUUCUUGUGGAGCCACCCAAGAAGCUUUGACCAAGACCUGGGCAGUCACAUGCGAUCAUCUGGCCUGUCUGAAUAAAGUGAUUCAACAGUUACUGUGGCUGAAGUGUCAAAAUUAUGGAUCAGUUCAAGUACCGUUGCUAUAAAAGGACUUCUCUGUGUUCCUGGGCCAGCCGGCCAGAACAGAACAAAGAGUCGGCACACUAGGGAAAUAGUGUUUAGUACAGCUUUAUUCUAAGUUGUUAAAACAAAGAUUAAGACACAAUAUUUUUAUGUAUAUAUUGUAUAGCUGAUGAUACUGAGCUAAUAUUUCGUGCUGGUCACAGAAAACUAACCAUUUUUGAAGUGGGUUGCAUACGUUUUUCAUUCAGUUGUUGUUCUUUCUGUGGUUUAAACUAACAUUAGUAACUGAAUGACAAAACCAGGCCAUUGGUGGCCAAGCUAAGCAUUUGUGUGGCCUAUAGUGAACUGAAUGCCUAACCUGAACUACUUUAAUCUUGCACUUUUAUACAAUUAAUGAUGUAUGUAAUGAUUGAUUUAGGGCUUUAUUCUAUCUUGCUUUUCUACAGCCUCCUUUGCGAUUUGCAUAAUAAGCAAAAUGGUUGGGAUGCCUGUGCCAUUUAGUUCAUUUUGUACCAAGCUUC